AGAAAGUAGAACGAGACGAAUAUCUUCCAAAAGGUGUUAUAUGGGAUUAUUUCGAAGGCGCAAUUACUGAAUCUGCAAAGCAUCUCAUCUACUCUCCACUUUGAAGAAUAUAUCCCCGAUAAAUCGCACCAAUUGUGCCCGCGCGGGCUUGCGAAUUCGUCUUAGAGACUCCCAAUCUUCAUCAUGUCUCUCGUCACUCUCUCUCACGUAUCAUCACAUCUUCAAAAUGCCUCUAAAGCUCGACUUGGGCUCACUUCGGUUCCUUCCUCGAACAUGAUCCUCACUCUCAUGCUCAGUCUCCAAUCCUCUGGGUUCCUUUCUUCUGUCACCCGUGGUGGCCUCACUCCUCCUCCCAUGGAUGAAUUAUCCACAUAUGUACCAGAACCUGUUACGCAGCGAAACAUCUCAUCAAGGAGGUUGUGGUUGGGAAUGAAGUACUGGAAUAAUGAGCCGGUGUUGAGUGAAAUGUCAAUGAUCAGUAAGCCUACAAAGAGAAUUUGGAUGGAUGUCGAGGGACUUUCGAAAAUUGUAAGGGGAAAGGACGCAAACUUUGUGCGGGGUUUGAGAAAACCGGGAGAGUGUAUCUAUAUCACCACAUCGAGUGGAAUCAUGGAAGCAAGAGAAUGCGUAGAGAGGAAGGUGGGUGGUAUGCUUUUAUGCAGAGUCGUAUAGGUGAUGAUGGUCAGGAAAAUGUGUAAAAUUACAGGGCAUGAUCAUUUGUGGGAGUUCAACAAGUGUACAAAAAAAGAUACUGGGUUUGCUCAAAGUGCUAGACCAUUAACGGCUCGGGAGGUGAAUUUCGAUUCCAUACUUCAAAAAAGGAUAAAUUAUUGCGUUGGCUUAAAAACAUAUGCUACUCUACAAUCCCUCAAUCAAAAAGAUUAUAACGCCUGAAUAGCCAUCGCCUUA